AAAAAAAAAUGUAUAACAUUUUAGAACAAUAAUAUUUUCUUCAACAAAAAAAAAAGAAAACAUCUAAACAGAUGAUUUUAAUAGAAAAUUGUUGUUGUGUCAACAAUAGAAAAUAAAAAAAAAUUUGUUGAAUAUUUUAAUCAAUGUGGCAACUUUGUACUCCUCCUGCUCACAUGCUCUCGCCUGUGUAUUUUUAUGGGAGUGUUUGGCUCAUAGACCCCCAAAUCUAGCUACGAAAAACUUCAUCUAAAAAAAAUGGUUUUGCUCAUGUCAGCCGCAAAAUAUUAAUAAUUACCCAACUCGGCAACUCUGUAAAAAGUACUAAUAAAUACAGCGCCGCAAUAAAAACAUUAAAAGUGAACCCAAAAACAAAGUGAAACGAAACAAGAAUGCACCUGAAAAAGAAACGUUACAUGAAUGAGGAAAGAGACGACCCUACUACAGAUGCUACAAGCAUUAGUUAUGGAUCCAACAUGGCCGAUAAUACACGGGAAGUACGAAUAGAGGAGCAAUUAAAAGUUAAAAUUGGAGAAGCUAAAAAUCUUAGCAGUCGCAAUGCGGCCAAUACAAGUUGCAGCACACAAGGUACCCGCGACGUUUAUUGUACGAUCGCGCUGGAUCAGGAAGAGAUUUGUCGAACACCCACCAUAGAACGUACGCUGUCGCCAUUUUUUGGCGAAGAGUAUCAAUUUAAAAUACCACGACGAUUUCGCUACUUGUCCGUGUAUGUUUGGGAUCGUGAUCGACACAUGAAACAGGAUAAACCGAUCGGCAAGAUAGCGAUAAAACGAGAAGAGUUGCACAUGUACAAUCAUAAAGAUCACUGGUUUUCGUUAAGACCGGUUGAUUCGGACUCUGAAGUACAAGGAAUGGCACAUAUUGAAGUACAAUUUGAAGAAACGUCAUCUCAAAUACACGAACAGCGAAUUAAUCUCCUGCGGCCGGGCGACUACGAACGUAACAACAGCGAAAUGAUAGAGGAGCUGGUACAGCACCAGGCAUUACAGAAUGAUUAUAAGGAGAACAGUGAACUGAGCAAUAUACAACGAAGUAAUGCCCAAAAGGGCGGUAUUAGAGCCACCAGCGUGGGAAGUACUAGUAGUGGUGGAAUAUUCGGUAACAAUCAACAUCAGAACAUCACCGAACAGGGUACGAAUUGGAAGAAUGCGUCGUUGUCGACUGCUAGCGGAAAACACUCACGUGUCACAAUACGUGUACCUGAAUGUACCGAUCUGGCGAAGAAGAAUGGAACCUGUGAUCCGUAUGUAGUGUGUACUGCAUUGUAUUCCAACAAGCGUCUGAUCUCUAAACGCACAAAGUUGCGGAAGAAAACUGUAAAUCCGGAAUAUGAGGAGCUGAUGAGUUUUGAUCUCUGCAUUGAUGCCGAGACAGCAGCGUCCUCAAAGUCCUCACAAAGUCAGUACGAUUCUAGCAGCGGAGGUGGUACAAUAAAUUCGAAUAAGGCAUAUACAAUUUAUCCCAUUGGAGGGGCAGAUCUCUGUGAGAUAACGGUAACUUUGUGGCACGAUGCAUCGGGCAUGUCGGACAAAGUAUUCCUGGGGGAAGUAAAAUUACCCAUGCGCAACAAACAGCAACAAUCUGCUGUCCAACCGUCCGCCUGGUAUUAUCUGCAACCCAGAUCGUUGAGUGCAACGACUCGAGCUGUAAGUACGAACACGCGUUCAUGUGCCACGCCGCCAGGAACGCGGCUGAGUGGAGACAGUACUAUUGGUUCGUUGCGUCUAAAAAUCCUGUACACCGCCGACCAUGUAUUCCCGCUUGCCACAUAUGAUGAUCUUAUGAAUCUGCUGCUGGAGUCGGUGGACCAACGACCAAUCACUCUGUCAUCUGUUUUUAUACUUGGCGAAUUAGUGUCCUGCAAGACAGAUGUUUCUCAACCACUGGUUCGACUUUUCACACACACCGGCCGUAUUGCUCCCAUUAUCAAAGCUUUGGCCGACCACGAGAUCUCAAAUUUGACCGAUCCCACAACAAUAUUUCGUGGCAACACUUUGGUGUCAAAAAUGAUGGACGAGGCGAUGCGUCUGUCGGGCCUUCACUAUUUACAUCAAACCCUUCGGCCCGUAUUGGCGCAAAUACUUGCCGAGAAAAAACCCUGUGAAAUUGAUCCGUCCAAAGUAAAAGAUCGCUCAGCUGUUGACACGAAUCUACAUCAUCUCCAAGACUAUGUUGAGCGGGUAUUUGAGGCUAUAACAAAGAGUGCGGUGCGUUGUCCAAAGGUGUUGUGCCAAAUAUUUCACGACUUGCGUGAAUGUGCCGGCCGUCAUUUUCCUCACAACCGAGAAGUACGUUAUUCUGUAGUGUCGGGCUUUAUAUUUUUGCGUUUUUUUGCACCUGCCAUUUUAGGACCGAAACUAUUCGAUUUAACCACUGAACCAUUGGACUGCCAAACAAACCGGACAUUGACAUUGAUUUCAAAAACCAUACAAUCUUUGGGUAAUUUAGUUAGUUCGCGUUCUUCGCAGCAACCCUGUAAAGAAGAGUACACCGGUCAGUUGUAUAAGAAAUUCUGCACAGAAAAGCAUGUUGAGGCCGUGAAAACCUUCCUUGAAAGUAUUUCAACGCCCAGUGCCGACGAAGUUAGCACAGCGCAUGAAACAAGUAGUUUAUUUCCGGUUGGAGAAAAUAAUUUUGAGCCAGUAUUACUUAAGGAAGGCAUGAUGACAAAGUAUCCUCAAUGUCGGAAACGCUUUGGACGGCGUCCUUUCAAGCAACGCUAUUUUCGUUUAACCACCCAAUCUUUAAGUUAUGCCAAAUCAAAAGGCAAACACCCCAUCUGUGAUAUACCGCUGGCUGAAAUCGAACGCGUUGAACAAUUAAAUGAAAAAAGUUUUAAAAUGCAAAAUUGUUUUAAGAUUGUACGAAAAGAACGUUCCCUUAUUGUACAAACAACCAACUGUGUGGAAGAACGUGAAUGGAUUGAUCUCUUGCACAAAAUUUGUUUAACAAAUUCGAUACGAUCGCAAUACUUUCAUCCAUCAGCCUUUGUGAAUGGCGUAUACAGCUGCUGUGAUCGUUCAGAUGAAAAUGCACCCGGUUGUAAGAAUGUCUCGCCUGAAGCAAUGGACUACUUUCAAAUGGAUUUAAUAACAGCAUUGGAUCCGGCAUUAGAUUUACAACGAAUACACACAUUAAUUAUGUCGCAUAUGACACAGCUGGAAGCAUUUAUCGAUCAAUCAAUCCCUUUCCAUCAGAUACAGCAACAGCACAAUCCAUUGGUGGCGACGGCUAUGGCCUUUCAGCAACAAUCAGCACAUGCUUAUGGCAAAUUUAAAACAACAAUAAUGCAAUUGCGUGAAGUGGCAUACGUGAUUGAUAAGGACCAUCGAAAUUAUAAGCAGGGAAUUGCACGUGAGUUGAAAUAUGGCAGUCGGCAGGCACCGAUAGGCGAUGAUAACUAUUUACAUAUGAUGCGUGCAGCAGGACACAUGAAUUUACAACAACAGCAGCAACAUCAGCAAAUGCAACAACAACAACAACAGCAACAAGUAUUGCCGCAAAUGCAACUAGUAAUGGCAUAUCCAUAUCAUCAGCAACAACAACAACAGCAGCAGCAGCAACUUCAGCAACACGGAAAUAUGAAUGCAUAUUUUAUGCAUAAUUUACAAUCCGCACAGCAGCAACAACAGCAAAGGCAGCAGCACCAACAACCCUUUUACCAACAGCAAUCGACGCAGCAGCAACUUAACAACAAUCAACACAAUUUAAUGCGUGCCGCUGCCAUGGUGCAUCAUCACCAUCCACACACAACUGCAACGCCAUCCUCUAGUAAUUCUUCCACAACAUCAAGCGUAGCACCCACACUCACGCCCACAUCUAGCAUUUACCUACGAGACAGCCUCUCAGUCGAACGCUAUGCAAAUAAAUGCUAAAAACUUACACACCACUAAUGUACUAAAUUAUUAUUGGCCUACUUUAAUGCCUUCAUUCAUCUACAUGGUACUUAUCAUCAUAAUCAUAAUCACCUUAAUAUUUUUAAACGAUAUGAUCAAACCCACCAACCAACCAACCAUCAUACACCAUCUUGCAUCUGUAACAUAAAUUACCACUCCACAUGCCAUACGCAUCAUUAAGGUAACAAAUCCAUACAUGAAUGGAUCUUUAAGCAGUACUGAGAUAUCAAACAAAACACUUUUUGACUAUUUCAUAUUUACGGCCUCAUUUUCCAAGUUCCGGAAACAAGAGAUAGUUUCUUUUACAUGGAAAACAAAUUAGUUUUCAUAUAAAUUAUAUUAAGAGUACUCAUUUAAACGUUUAAGUUUCCCAUUUGUGCAAGUUUGCGCGACGUGUUUCAUAAACCCACCUUUUGAAUUUUGUGCAAGUUUAUACAGAAAAUUUAUAUUUCAUAAAAACUAAUUCAACAAAAGCUAUAACCACAAUUUUUUUUUUUUUCAAAUUGUAUAAAUUUUAAUUCAAAAAUUGUUGAAUGAAAGUAAAAUCUUUGGAACAAACGAUGGUAUACAUAUUUUGGAAGAUUUUGUUUAUAUUCUAGCCGUUGGUUAAUGUUUUCAUACACAAUGCCAUUCAAUCCAAUCAUUCUGUUCCAAAGUUACACAUUAAUAUUUUAUUUGAUUUUUAUUUCUUAUAAAUAAAAGUAAAGAAAAGCAACUGAUUCAUCAAAUGCACAAUAAAUGCAAGUUUGCGAGUCUAAAUUGUCGCGCAAACUUAUCGGAGUUGUGCAAACGAAUUUCCAUGAAUUUGACAGAUCAUUUGCGAUAGUGUAAAAAUGCACAGUUAACGAAGCAUUUAAGCGUUUACAUGAGGACCCUUAUUGUUUUUAAAAGGCAAAGCAAUUUGUACUGAAAACUAAAACAAAUUUUUGAUAUUUUAUUUUUUUUUUCCAUAUAAAACUAUCAGUGGCACCGGUAUUCACAAAAUAAGGUCAUUAAGUCAAAAAUAAAAAAAACUGUAUGUUAAAAGUAUCCAACUUUUUGUGUGUAAAUUCACAUUUUGAAUACGGUUGUAUAUGUUUAGCAUUUGACAAAGGCAUUUAUGAAAUACUUGUAUUAUGUUUACACAAUCAUUUGUUACAAAUCGUAACCACUAAAACAUCGAUAUUUCUCUUUCCACUAAAUUUAUUUCAAUAUUAUUAUAUUAUUGACGUUAUUUGCUCUUAUAAAAGUCAUCUAAUAUAAAAUAAGAAAUAAUUUAAAUAGUGGCUGCGUUUUAUUAUUCAAUGUGAACAUACCUUAGACGUGCACAUUCGUCAAACAUUGACUUUCCAAUUGUUUACUAAUUUUGCAUUUACACUUGUGCUCAUGAAGACAGUAUUAUGUACUCUGCAUCUGGUCAGUAUCUCUUCCCAUAAAAAACAAUUACAUUUGAAUAUAAUUUAUCGAAAAUCUCCAAAAAUCACCACUGCGCAAAACACAAGCUUUCCAUUUAUUGCACAAAAGCAAAAGUGAGUGUAGUUCAUGUUACCAGACAAGAGAAUUUAUUUUAACUAAAAAAAAAUUAAAUUAAAAAAAAUUCUAAAAGCUAAAAAGUUCAAAUUAUGUAUAGAAAAUUUUUGAUUUAUAUUAUAAUAUAAUAUUUAGUAUGUUUUUUUUAGAAUAUGUAUGUUUAAAAUCGUAUGUAAACUAGUAUCUGUGUUAAUUACAUUAUUAACAUAUGCACAAACACACUAACACAUAUGCAUGCAUGCAUGCAUGCAUACAUACAUACAUAUAUGUAAACGUACGGAUGUAUAUAGAAUUAUAAAUAAGUAUAUGCACACGAGUCCAACACUCGUUGAAAGAUGAAUUAAAUAUCCUUUUUUAAAAGUCUGUGCAUGAAUGAACAAGAAGUAAUCAGUAUACUUAAAUAUGUAACUAAGUAAUAUUUAGAGUUGUAUAUGAUUUGUAUUUAAUACGUUUAACAAUACUUUUAUUUGUAUAACUAUCACUUUAACAUUAUUAUUAUUAUUACUAUUAUAAUUGUAACUUUAUACAUAUAAUAUAAUUAUUAUUUUUAGGCAUUAAUUGUAAAUUAAUAUUUUUAUAAUAUCUUAAAUACGAUACGAUACAUACAUACAUUUUAAGAAUAUGAACUAUUUAUUUUAUAUACCAUGAACUAUUUAAUAUGUAAUAAUUAAUAAUUAUAUUAAUAAUAAACACACAACAAAACGAUACAUAUGUAUAUUAUAUGUAUAAAAUAUAUUUAAUACAUACAUACUUAGUAAUACAUAUAAUAAAUUAAAUUAUGAACAAUCUUUUUUAUGUUAAAAAAUACAAGUUCAAAAUAAUAAAAAAAAACUAAUAAUUUUAAUAAA